ACCUCAGGCCCUCACUGGUCAAACAGAGGGGCGUGCUCAGCCGAGGCUUUACUUUGCCUGUUUCCACGGCUCGUUGGGGUUUUGCUGCUCUUGUCACACUGCUGGAAACAUGUCGUCCGUCCCUGUACCUCCACCAAAGUGCCUACUGAAACCGCUGGUGGUUCCUUUCCGCCACAUGUUUGGACCAGGUCCUUCCAACGUCCCCCCUCGUAUCCUGCAGGCCGGGGCCAAUCCUGUCAUUGGACACAUGCAUCCAGAGAUAUUUGAGAUAAUGGAUGACAUCAAAAGUGGAAUCCAGUACAUGUUUCAGACUCAGAACCGUGUGACUUUAGCUGUGAGCGGCACUGGCCACACUGCCAUGGAGUGUGCCAUCUUCAACGCAGUGGAGCCCGGGGAGGGGGUGCUGACGGCAGUGAAUGGAAUAUGGGGAGAGCGAGCAGCAGACAUGGCAGAGAGGAUAGGUGCCAGAGUGAAUACCAUUGUGGCGCCUCCUGGGGGCUUCCUCACCAACGAAGAAAUUGAGCGGGCCUUAGCAAAGCACAGGCCCGCCCUGUUCUUCCUUGCACAUGGGGAAUCUUCCACAGGAGUCCUGCAUCCUUUAGAUGGAAUUGGACAGCUGUGCCACAAGUAUAACUGCCUGUUUCUCGUAGACUCUGUGGCUUCAAUGGGAGGAGCCCCUCUGCACAUGGACCAGCAAGGGAUAGACAUCCUCUACACAGGCUCUCAGAAGGUGCUAAAUGCUCCACCGGGUACAGCACCUAUCUCCUUCAGUGAGAGAGCAUGCCAGAAAAUAUUCAACCGGAGGACAAAGCCAGUCUCAUUCUUCCUGGAUUUGAAUUGGCUUUCAAACUAUUGGGGAUGUGAUGGCAAGCCGUCAAGAGUAUAUCACCACACCGGCCCAGUCACUGCUUUUUACUCUCUGAGGGAGAGCCUGGCGGUGCUUGUUGAAGAGGGUCUGGAGAAAUCCUGGGAAAGACAUAAAGAAGUGGCGGAAUACUUCCACACUAGCCUAGAAAGCAUGGGGCUCCACCUUUUUGUCAAAGAAAAAAAAGCAAGGCUGCCGACUGUCACCACCAUUGUUGCUCCUACUGGAUAUGACUGGAAAGAGAUCACAAGCUACAUCAUGAAAACACAUAAUUUAGAAAUUUCCGGAGGGCUUGGACCAUCAGUUGGCUUGGUGUUACGUGUGGGACUGAUGGGAUGUAACAGCAGCAAGGCCCAUGUUGACAUGGUGCUGGCAGCACUGAAAGAUGCUCUGAAACACUGUCAUGAGAACAAAUUGUGAUGCUUGUUUGCUGGAUUGAGGCAGAAAUGAUCCUGAUGACACUGUUACUAUUGAACUAGAGACUGUGUAUAAGAAAUAAAUCAUUACCCUCAGAA